AUGGGCUCUGUUGUUAUAAUCUCCUCAGGUAGUCAACCUGCUCGAACUGAAGACAACAACCAAUUCCUUCAAAUCACACUGAAAUCUGAACUGACAGCAAUGGAGCAAAACUCAACAGACACUUGGUCUUCGGACAGCGAAGAGGAAAUAUUUUGGGCUGAUGGAUUUUCCUCAAUGGAGCAACAUCAUCUUGAUAAUAUGUCACAGUAUGUGAGAAGCCACCAAAGGUCCACUAACACAAAACUUUUCUCUUUUUUGGCUCUGCUGAACACCUACAAUCCAGAGUCCUACCUCCAGAUGUCCGAGUGCCAAAAAGUCCUUGGACCACCUGAUCUCAUCCAUGGUGGACCACCCUUUGAAGACAGAAUGGAGCCUUUCACCAUCUUAAUCAGAACAUCGACUGAACCCCCUGGAUAUGUCAGCAUUUACCCUGAAUCUGCAGACAUUGCCUUAGAGGUUAUGGCUUAUUUUGGACAUUCAAGGAGUUCAAUAAUGAUGAGAUUGAUGUCUUCCCUCUGUGGAGAUGAACCACAAACAGAUACAAUGAUGUUCUUGAAAGAUCUACUGACAAAGAGAGAAAUGGGAACAAAAGGCAAGGAAAAAUUCUCUCGGCUGGUCCAAGACAUAUGUGACAAUGAGAAUCCACACAAGGCUGUCUCUGUCUUGGAAAUGGCAUCAGAUAAAUUGAGGCAAUACUACGUCCUCCUCCAAACCCUUUCCCGAUUAUAUCUCCUAAACGUAGAAAUCAAGGACUAUAAAAUGGCUAAAAGGUGGGCGAAGAUAGCCAUUGAAAGAGCUCCAAACAACUCUUUUGUGGCAGACACUCUCGGGCAAGUUCACAAGAAUUGUUUGAUGAGGUCAAACGGGAAUCAGAGACAAAUCCUCAACAUGGCAAGAGAGGCCUGGAUGGCAUUCAAAGAUGUGGCAAGGAAAGCUGAAGGAGAAGAGGGGCCAGAAAUGGAGGAUGAAUCAGGUGCUAUACACAUCUCCACAAUCUUCAACAACAGAGGCUAUUUUGGCCUCAUCCAAGUGGCAAAGAUAGCUUUUGAGAAACUCAGACACAGUAACCCUAAUCCUCAACAGGUACUUAAUGCUGAAAUCCAGAACUUAAGAGAGGAAGUUGAAGCCAAGUUUGACUUUUUUGAAGACUACCUGACCUACUCACUGCCUGGCAAGACUUCCCUGGAGCCACCCUACUUCUGGAAAGAUGUUGUGGUCUGUUAUGAACACUACACAGGAGAAGCAGCGGCUGAUUCCAUCAGUUUCCCAGGCCUUCUGGAGUGUCUGAAUCGAGGCCAUUUUGUGUCAAGGGGAAGACGUUCUGGGUUUGAGGAGGAUGAAGAAACUGUGUCAGACUUAGAGGAAAUCUGCAAUGAUUUGAAAACCACCUAUGAGGGGAACGUCACUGAUGAGAAGGCAGCUGAGAGGUACAUUCUUUCCAAUAUCAUCUUAAGCAACAAGAUAAGCAUCUCCUCCGCGCUCUCUCCUUUGAGGGAACUCCAAACUAUUCUGUCCACAUUCUUGGACACAAGAGUGGGGAAGAGAGGUCCUGAGUUUUACCUUUUGGUUCUGCUGUUGUUCUGGCCAGAGGAACAUACAGAGGUGGAAGAAGAGGAUGAGGAAAAGGCGGAAGAAGAGGAUGAGGAAGAGGAGGAAGAAGACGACGAGGAAGAGGGGGAAGAAGAGGAACAACCAGCAACUACAGCCAGUGACUCAGAUUACCAAACUUGGGAGGAUGAUGAUGGGUAUGACGACCAGGAAACAGAAGGAGAGUCUGCACAACCACCCCCUGGCAUCAUGUUUGAACCUGAUCUGCAGAAGCAAAUCACAUUCAUGGAAAAAGCUUUUGAGGAAGGGUAUGCCAAGUACCUACGAGGCCGGUACCUUGUGCCUCUCUUUUUCCUGGGGAAGGGCUCAGGACUGAGCAAGUGGAUUCACAAAUCAAGGUUGGAUGCCAUUAUAGAAGAAAUGGUCAAUGCUGAAUUUGCCUAUCAGGAGAGUGCACUACCAAUCAGCCUAAAUAUAAGAAAAAAGAGGAAAAUCAAUGAACUGUGGAGAACGGGGGAAGUGUGGCGAAUCCCAGAUAUCCAAGAUAUCCUCCUUCCGGUAAUGAUCGAGCCUACCCUAACUGGAUGGGAGAAAGAAGGGUGCAGAGUGUUUGUUUAUGUUGGGGGAAGGAAAAUUCAGGCGACUACAGAGUUCGGACCUAUUGGUCCAACACACCGCCCGACAGUUUCCUAUCUUGGCUUCACUAUUAAAGGUCCCGUUGUCUUCAAGUGA